AUGGCAGCUGAAGAGAAUUUGCAGGAUCCUGAAACCUUUGAAGAGGUGUCCGUGAGUGUCAUUGAAGAAAAAGAGUUCCCUUUGGAUCCUUCUCUGCUUGCUCUCUCGGGAAACGACGUGCAGCAGUAUUGCACCAUGCUGUCCUUGAUGGAAUUUCAGAACAUCAAGCCUGGAAUGUUCUUGAAAACGGAGCAAGGACAGAUGCCUCUCUCACUGGUCACAGUUACAGAAGAAUAUGAGGUUGCACCGUGUUCCUAUGAAGGCAACUGGUCAGUGCCAUUUGACCUCCCACAGCAAGGCAGCCCAGGGCCGCAGGUGCGAAUCCAUUAUGACUUUUUGUGCCACUCGAAAGGCGAUACUCUCCAGGGAAACCCCUUCAGCUGCUCGAGUUUUUCCAAGUCCGAACAGGAAACCGAUCUGCAGACAAGCAAGGAUGAGUCCGUGGCCUCUGGGGAAAAUCUCAGUACGUUCUCUGAGAUACAGAAGGUCCGUCUGCUGGAGCAAGGGCUGAUGGGAAAUUCAAAUAAAGCUUCCCCACAAGGGAAAGGCUCUAGGCAGCCAAAUGAAAUGGAUUUUACGGAAGGGCAAGGGUCUGUCGAUCUGGCUUCUAAGCAGAAUAACGCCCCAAAUUCCAGCAGAUUCAAUCUGCUUCCAGGAAAUGGUUUGAGAACUGCUGGACAUUGCAGGGAUCGUGGUGUUGGGGAAGUUUCCAUCCACCAAACAACCCAGCCAGGAGAGAGAAAUCGUUCCUGCAGCAACAGCAGGGAAAGGGUGAGUGAGCAACCGUCUUCGGUGGUCCCUGAGAGAUCUCACUCUGGAGAGACCCGCUGUUCGUGCCCCAGCUGCGGAGGAGUGUUCAGUCUGAAUGGGAACGCCGUUACCCACCAAUUAUCCCACACUGGGGAGAAGUUGUACAAAUGCCCCAGUUGUGGACACCUCUUCGCCUGCAACACGCCAGGCGGUGCUGAACGCCCCCCGGUAACUCCUACGCACGACUGGGAGAGACUCUUCUCCAAGCUGGACCUGAAAGACCAUUCUAGACCAAACAAGAAUGGGGUCAAGAAGCCCUUCCACUGCCCUGACUGCGGGUUAGGCUUCGUUCACAAAUCCAGCAUCCCCCGGCAUCAGAAGCUCCACAGAAAAGAAAACCUGUCACAGAAUCCAGGGCAAGAGAAAAGCUGUAGCCCGACUGAGAACAAACUUUGCAGUCCAACGGCUCAGUCCGGAAAGACGCCCCUUUCCUGUCCUGGCAGCAGGUCCCCCUCGGCAGGCAAAGGCAAGGCUUCCUUUUCUGCUCUGUGCGAGGUGUGCGGGCAAGGCUUCUCCCUCGCCUGCAAGUUCCAGAGGCACCUGGCCGCCCAUUGGGCGGAGAAGCCCUUUCGCUGCUGCCAUUGCGGGAAAGCGUUCAGGCUCAAGUCCGUGCUGACGAGGCACCUGCUCCUCCACCAGCCAGAGAAGCCCUUCCGAUGCCUCUGUUGUGAAAAAAGCUACAUUCAGAAAUGCCACCUGAACAGGCAUUUUCAGCAACAUCACGGAGCGUCUGAAUGA